AUGGGGUACUCCAAAACCCUAGCGGAUGGCCUGUUCGCCAUGCUUUUCCUAGCUCCAUCCGUCCUGGCUACCGACCCUGACCCUCUCCAGGACUUCUACGUCGCCGACCUCGACGGCAAGGCGGUCUCGGUGAACGGGCACACAUGCAAGCCCAUGCCGGAGGCCGGCGACGACUUCCUCUUCUCGUCCAAGCUGGCCAAGGCCGGCAACACAUCGACCCCAAACGGCUCGGCUGUGACGGAGCUCGAUGUGGCUGAGUGGCCUGGGACGAACACGCUGGGCGUGUCCAUGAACCGCGUGGACUUCGCGCCGGAGGGCACCAACCCGCCGCACAUCCACCCGCGCGCCACCGAGAUCGGCAUAGUGAUGAAAGGUGAGCUCCUCGUGGGAAUCCUCGGCAGCCUCGACUCCGGGAACAAGCUCUACUCCAGGGUGGUGCGCGCUGGCGAGACGUUCCUCAUCCCGCGCAGCCUCAUGCACUUUCAGUUCAACGUCGGUAAGACCGAGGCUUCUAUGGUCGUCUCCUUCAACAGCCAAAACCCCGGCAUCGUAUUUGUGCCGCUCACGCUCUUCAGCUCCAACCCUCCUAUUCCGACGCCGGUGCUCACCAAGGCGCUCCGGGUGGAGGCCGGGGUCGUGGAACUUCUCAAGUCCAAGUUCGCCGCUGGGUUUUAA